CCUCCCCCCCACCGCUAAGCAGCGGCGGCGCGAUUUUCGGCCUUGGGUCUCAAGAAGAACCCGCGGCCAUGACUCAGGGAGCUGUGGUAGUGGAGCACACUUUGGUGUCUGCGGCGCGGCGUGCUGUCCAGGCUGCACAGGAGGCUAAUGAGGCGGCUCAAGCGGAUGACUGCACCCCCACAUCCGUCAAAGAGCAUAUGGAACGCGUGCUUCAGGAGUCUGCGGCAGUUUUAGAAGCUGCUGAGCUCACAGCGAGGCGGCGGCAAACCUUUGCAGAAUUCACCAGCAUGCUGUCGGAGGAAGUCAAGGAGGCCGCUGAAGAGUCCAUGACCGAGGCCACCCGCGCGGCGGAGAGAACGCUGCGCCAAGCCAAGAGUCUCGUGGAGGACCACUUCCACAUCGACGAGGCGUUCAGAAUGCUGGGACCUCUUCGGCAAGACUCCAACCUGGCUAGAGACAUGCACGACUGGUUCAACCUACUGGCACUUCUGCCUGUCAUCUACUUGAACUUGCGGAACUGGUGCUGCGUGACCUUUUCGCUAAGCAUAGUUCGCAAUACGCUCAUGGAGAAGUCCGUGGUGGAGAUGUGGCAUGGAGAGGUGUUUCAAGAGUUCUGGUGGACGACUCUGGCAUACUUCAUUGCAGACAUCAUUUGGGUCGUCGUGCUGCCAGAUUGUGUCAAGUCGCCGGGGGUGAUUUUGAAGCACCACUUCGCGACUGUAGGAUACAUCUUCAUUCCCAAGCUGCGGCCAGAGCAUGGCUGGCUCAUGGGGGCCUGCAUGAUCGUCGAGGUCAACACUUGGUUCCUCAUCGCGCGGCGUGCACUGAACAAGCGGGGCGACCGCAUGUUCACCACUGGCGUUACGGUUUGGAAGUCUAUACGGAUGUCCACAAUUUCAUUCUGCUUUUACCUCACCUGGUUUGUUAUCCGACUGAUCAUCUACCCCUAUUUGAUGGUGGUGAUCGUUCGUGAGUGGAUCAAGGAGUCACACAGAGUUGGGACGCCGCUCAACAUCAUCGCCAUCACCCCGGUGAUGCAGUGCGUCUUCAUCUUCCUGAACAUGAAGUGGACGGUGGAUUUGAUCCGAUCCAAGCUGAAGGGGCGCGGAGCAUCCAAGGGCCUGUGAUGCAUGGGAGUUUCACGGAAGCCGCACCGCAGAACCGAUUGGAGCGGGC